UACUUACAUUUUAACACUAAUGUUGAGGAACGUAUAACAAGUCCAUCGCUAAGCGAAGAACCAUCGGCAAAGGAGAACAAGAAGAGAAUGGAAGAGACGAAAAUUUGUAUACACACAUAUUCUUACCGCCGCUGCGACGGCAUUUUUUUCAGUACCAAAUAGACAUCGAACUGGACAAGAACAAAAUAAAUACAGUCCACUAGAAUCAAAUCCGUCAAGCAUAUCAUUCGCGAACAUUCUUUGGUCCUUCGAGCCGGAUUCUUGAACAGUUUUGUGUGCUUUGGUGUUCAUUGAAAAUUGUUUACAAUGGAACAAUUAAAGGCAUUGGUAAAAGCCCGUGGCAGACUCAAGGCCAUUAUCACACGCGCAUUGCCUUGUGCUGAAGGGGAGGAACCAACUACAACGGCGCAGGUCACCUCACGAAUGGAACUGCUCCAAUCGGCUUGGAAAGAGUUCUCACAACUUGCAGAUUCCAUAGCCCUUCUCGAACACGUGGAUGGGUAUGGGGAUCCAGAGGAAGACAAUGCACUCUACGAGGAAAAGUAUCUAUUGGCACAUGCAAUGAUUUUGGAGAAAAAGGGGUUGGUACAACCAACUACAACUGCAACGAUCAAAGGGGAUGGCAGCAGAGAGCUUCAUCUAAACAACGACGCAGUACUCAGCCUGCUACAACAGCAACAACAGCUAUUUGAACAGUUAGCUGCAAACCAGAACACGACGAACAUGUCUAUGCGUGCUGCUGGAGAGAGCGAGAGCGUCGAGUUUAGACGCACACCAAUACAGAGCGAAUUGCCAAAAAUUCAAAUCAAACGGUUCGCUGGCAGCUACACAGAGUGGCCAGCAUUUCAGGAUAUCUAUGAAAGUACAAUUCAUAGCAAGCAGCAUUUGACGAACACACAGAAGUUUCAUCAUUUGAAAACACUACUCAUCGAUGAGGCUGCCAACUUGGUACGACAUUUGGCGAUCACGGACACUGCUUACAACACUGCAUGGGAGCGUCUCAAGGAAAGGUACAAUCGGCCGAGGCAUAUCGUAAACUCGUUUUUGGAACAAUUUAUGAGGUUGCCCACAACUACUAAAACUGAUGCGGCGAUUUUGCGUAAAGUGUCCGACGGUGCAAACGAAAUUGUACGUGGUCUGGACGCCGUAAAUCAAACGGGACGCGACUGUUGGAUUAUAUAUCUAGCACUGGAAAAACUUGAUGCCGACACGAGGCGCAGGUGGAUUGAACGCAGUUUGAAUAAAGACUCACCCACUCUCGACGACUUCUUCAAGUUCUUGGAUGCUCGUUGCGAGGAAUUGGAACUAAGCAAAGGGGAGCCUGCGUCUGAAGGGAAAACAGUAACUCACGGGGACAAAUCAAAAAGAAUCACACACUCGAUGGUGCCAGUUGAAGGCAGCAACUGCACCAAAUGCCAUUCGACACAACACAUUCUGUAUGGCUGUCCACAAUUUUUGGAAAUGACAGGUUUGCAAAGGCGCUCUUUUGUAAAAGAUAAAAAUCUAUGCUAUAACUGUUUGAAGCCUGGUCAUUUGAGCAACAAGUGUAAAUCAAAAUACACAUGUAAACAAUGCAAAGGUCAUCACCAUUCACUACUCCAUUUACCAGAUACUACAUCGGGUAUUAUCGGGACCUUUGCGCAAACAAAAGGGGAUAAUCAGAGCAAUUCAAACGCGCAUUAUAACACUUCGGUGACUUCAAGUCACAUUGCCCAAGCAGAGGGCACACCAUCGAUUGUAUGUGCGCAAGGCACUGCACAAUCUACUCAAGCAAAAGGAUUGAACAGAAGCACAUUACCCACGGCCAUGGUUUAUGUUAAAAACGCAAAUGGGGACUACAUAACAUGUCGCCUCUUAUUGGAUACUGGCUCAGAACACUCGUAUAUAUCGGAACGUUGCAUUCACGCUCUUGGAUUGGCACGGUCACAGUCACGCAUCCUUGUUUCGGGAAUAUCUUCAGUAAAAGCCGACACCACAAGGGGAUUCAGCACACUUCACAUCAAGUCCCGAAUUUCUGAGGAUUAUUUGACUGUACACGCCCAUGUACUUGGCAGAAUCACUUCAUCAAUGGGAAGGCAAAACAUUGAUGCAUCGGCACUCGAUGUGUUUAGUGAUCUUCAAUUGGCUGACACACACUUCUGCACAAACGCACCAAUUGACAUACUAUUGGGUAGCGAACACGUAUGGUCUACAUUUACAGGAAGGAAGAUGUAUUACAGCAAGGGCAAUCUUAUCGCCAUUUCAUCAAUUUUUGGAUGGGUUAUUACGGCACUCAUGACACCCCAAGCAAGCAACGCAAUUUCACUAACAACAACAUUGGAUAUAGAUGCUUCGCUCCAGAAGUUUUGGGAGCUGGAGAACGUCGACUGCACGACCAAACUUGAACCCGAAGAUGAACAGGUCGAGAAACACUUUCUCACCACACACACUCGCGAUGCAAAUGGGAAGUAUAUCGUGGAGCUUCCAUUCCACACCACACACCCGGAAUUUGGAGAUACUCUACAAGGAGAUCUACAGCGUUUCAAAAUGGUUGAACGUCGCUUGCAACAGAAUGAGCAGCUACGAAUACAAUACAUACAUUUCAUGCGAGAAUAUCAGACUUUGGGACACAUGCGACAACUGCCAACGGAAGAACUCACCUCUGGGCAACAUUUCUACAUGCCACACCACCCUGUGUUGGGUCGAAAACUCCGAGUAGUUUUCGACGGGUCAUUCCGCGACGCCAAUGAAACUGGCAUACAAAACGAAGUCAAAACCAAUUGUUUGUCUACAUUGGCCGAAUCACAAUUGGAUAAUCCGCUGGAAGAACUAAUAGCCCGAGUCUCCUCCUGGUGGAAGCUGGUGCACACUACUGGCUUUGUCCCUCGCUUCAUCCAACGCACAAAACAUCCAUCUCGGGACAGGAGCUCCCAAUCUCUAACAUUUCAUGAGAUACGGACUGCACGGAUUCUGUGUUUGCGUUACGCGCAAACCUGCUUUCAAGAUGACUACCAAUUGCUACUUGCCAAGAAGCCAUUACGGAGCCGAUCGCAGCUUGUGAAACUGUCACCAAUCAUUGACAAAGACAAUCUACUCAGGGUCGGCGGACGAUUGCAUCACUCUAAAUUGCCAGAAGAGGCGAAACAUUCAGUUUUGCUGCCAAAGACUCAUCGCAUCACGAAACUGAUCUUGGAACACGAGCACCGGGUCAACCACCACCCUGGUGUUUCUGCACUCUUCGUAAUUGUUCGGCAAAGGUUCUGGAUAUUUGGCGCACGUAACCUCGUACGCAAAAUAACGCACGAAUGUUUGGCAUGCUUUCGACAAAGACAGCAUACAUCACAGCAACGAAUGGCUGAUCUACCCAGCAUUCGUAUCACACAAGCAGUGCCAUUUGUCAACACCGGUUGCGACUAUGCUGGGCCAAUCCUUCUCAGGGAUGGCAAGGUUCGCAAACCACGUAUAAGCAAGGGCUAUAUAUGCCUAUUCGUUUGCCUGGUCACAUCGGCAAUACAUUUGGAACUUGCCACGGAUCUCACCACUGAACCUCAAUGCUUACAUUUGAGCAGAUGCAUACCCUACUUGCGCAGGUCAGCAGGUCAACUCACGUCCUCUAUGCUACACACCGGAUACUGAGGUCAACUAUUUAUCGCCGGCUCACUUCUUAAUUGGACGACCAUUCACCACUAUACCGGAGGCUGACUUGGGUCACAUUACUGUGGGUCGAUUGGGGUACUGGCAGAGUAUCCAGUCCAUGUACCAAGGCUUCUGGAAACAAUGGCAUCAGGAGUACCUGACCACUCUUCAACAGAGUCCAAAGUGGACCACGUCAAACCCUAAUAUCUCGAUCGGAGACGUUGUGCUUGUGAAGGAGUCCAACAGCCCACCGGCUUCAUGGCACAUCGCAAGAGUUAUAGAAGCCUAUCCAGGAAAGGACGAACUGGUUCGAGCUGUCAAGCUCAAGACCGCAUCUGGAGAAUUAACCCGACCAAUUACUAAAAUCGCGGUAUUGCCCCGUUCCGAAACUUUGUUUCAGGGGGGGCCGGGAUGUUGAGGAACGUAUAACAAGUCCAUCGCUAAGCGAAGAACCAUCGGCAAAGGAGAACAAGAAGAGAAUGGAAGAGACGAAAAUUUGUAUACACACAUAUUCUUACCGCCGCUGCGACGGCAUUUUUUUCAGUACCAAAUAGACAUCGAACUGGACAAGAACAAAAUAAAUACAGUCCACUAGAAUCAAAUCCGUCGAGCAUAUUAUUC